UGAAGCUCUAUAAGAAAAGGAUGUUUGGUCCAUUUGAGAGAAAGGUGGGGUAAUGCACUUAUAAGUCUGCGAUCCGCCGUAAAACAAGAAGACGAAGCAGUAGCAGAAUGUGGUGGUUUAUCUCCGAUCGUAACAGAAGAGGGUGAAACCAGAUGAAGCUCCUCAUGACUCUCAUACCCAUUUCUAACAAGCAAUCCAUCACUGAAUCGAACGAUUGUGUUCAAAAUGGAACCUCUAGUCAUAUGGAAGAGAAGGUGAGACCAGAUGAGUCACCAUCUUCUGCACUCUCACUGCUGUCUAUUAAAAGUUGAUCAGUCAGUGGAUAGACAGACUGCAUUCAACAAUGGAGCAAAGUUUCAUGGGAGAGAAGGCGAGAUCAGAAGAGGCACCAUCUCCAGCACUCUCACACCUGUCUAUGAAAAGUGAUCAGUCAAUGGAUCGCCCAAUUGCGUUCAACAAUGAAACCCCUAGUUAUAUUAGUCUAAGACCAGAUAAGGCACCGUCUCCUGCAACCUCAAACUUCUCUUUAAAAAGCAACAACUUAAUGGAUCGACCAAUAGCGUUCAAAGACAGAACACAGCCUUACAGUGUUAAAUGUCUGAGACAAGAUAAAGCACCAUCUCCAGCACCCUCACUCCUGUCUGUUAAAAGUGAUCAGUCAAUGGAUCGGCCAGUUGCAUUCAACAAUGAAAACCCUAGUUACAUUGGGUAUGAAAAUUGUAGACCAGAUGAGGCACCAUCUCCUGCGACCUCGUACUUCUCUUUAAAAAGCAACCAAUCAAUGGAUCGACCAAUUGCAUUCAAAGACGGAACUCAACCUUACAGUGUUAAACGUCUGAGACCAAAUGAAACACCAUCUCCAGCACCCUCACUCCUGUCUAUAAAAAGUGAUCAGUCAAUGGAUCGGCCAAUUGCGUUCAUCAAAGGAACCCCUAGUUACACUGGGUAUGAAAAUCUAAGACCAGAUGAGGCACCAUCUCCUGCAACCUCAUACUUCUCUUUAAAAAGCAACAAUUCAAUGGAUCGACCGAUUGCGUUCAAAGACAGAACUCAACCUUACAGUGUUAAAAAUCUGAGACCAGAUGAGUCACCAUCUCCAGCAUUAUCAUUCCUGUCUGUAAAAAGUGAGCAGUCGAUGGACAGACCGAUCGCAUUCAGGGAUGAAGCACAGAGUUACAGGCUCAGAAGUAAGGACACCAAGGAGAUCAAAGAGCUUGAUGUUGCAUUCAUUGAUGAGAUUUCAAGGGAUGAAAAAAUUGAAUAUUCUCAUCCAACUAAGUGCUUCUACAGUGGGUUUUCCACUAAUGAUUUGCCUAUGGAUGUAACUGAGGUUGCAGCUCUUGGUCGUCCUUUGGAUCUUGGAAUGUUGUAUGACCAGCGCAAUGAAUCUUUCAUUUCAGACAGUAAUCUUUGGGAUAACCACACUUUAACAAGUGACAGAAUAUCUUGGCCCCAACUGAAAACACUUCUAAAGGUUUUGGAAGACGACUCCCUUCAGGAGAGGUGCAGAGCAUUUGAAAUGUCACCAAUGUUGCGAGUAAGGGCUCUCUGUGGACUGAUGGAGCUAAAUGGAGCUGCUGCUUUUCUGAAUCACCCAGUUCAGUCUCAACAUCAGGACAGAGUUACAGUACACUACAAAACCACCACCAGACUGGACAUGAUCAGCCAAAGACUCUUACAGGAAGGAGCUCCUGCCUCAGUCAUUAAUGCAGCCACAGCUACACAUGUGAUCAUCGCUGUGUUCUAUGGAGCCCAGGCUUUCUUUGUUUUUGAUAAUGAGAGAAUCAGCUCAGAGAAAAAUUCAGAAAUGGAAAAUGUUAUCAAGAAGAUGACCACCACCCUUAGUGCAAGGGAUGUGUUUUCAAGUCUUCAUGAAAAUGAAAAGGCUAACACCAUUUUAUAUGACUGCAGUCUAUACACUGAUCUGGGUGACUGGAAGAGCCCAGUGUCUUUUGAUAAGGCGUUAGAAAUCUAUGGUUCUCUCCCAACACUGCUUGGAUCUAAAGAUGAGAGAGCAGUUCCUCUGAAGGUCUGGCUGUACCCUCUGAAGAAACUGGACAAGAGCUCUGUGCAUGUAGCUCUGAGUGGAGUCAGUGAAACCUUGAUGCAUCAAGCUGAGAACAUUCUGGAACAUCUGAGAAAACAGAUCGGAAUGUGUCAGGACAUGAUAACAGAUUAUGAUAAUCUGACAGUAAUUACUUGGUUUCCUGCUUUGACGGAAAAACUUCAGAACUUUUCAGAAUUUCUGCAAGAUUAUAGGACAGAGUUUCAGAGAAAAACUGCUAAGAUUAUUGAGUCAAAACACAUCAAUGAAGAGGAGAGAGAGAAGAGUUUACAAGAACUUAUCAGUAACUGUGAUCAGUCUCCAUUCAGUCUAGAAAACACACAGCACUGGCUUGAGAAGAAGGAAACUGAGCUGGUAGUUUUAAAUGGGUGCAGAGCAGCAAACAUGACUAUUGUGAAAUCACAGGAGGAGCUUCAGCGUGUCAUCAAUGAUCCUCUGAUGAGCAGUGUGUUCUGCUUCACUUCAUCAAUGGAGGCUGAAGACUCCUUCCUCACGGUUCUCAAGCAGCACAUUGAAUUAAUGAAAAAGAGCACAUUGAUCAUAUCUAAACGCAUAAACCUAGAAGAUUCACUGCAGCCACUGAAGCCUGUUUGUAUCAGUGAAAAAGUACUUUCUGACCUAAAAGUAUUCAUUGGUGCCAAAGAGACAAAUGAAGAUCCAAAGCAAACCAGAUUCAUUGCUGCAUCUGUACCUGAUGACGGUUAUUCAGAAUUCUCUGUGCAAUUUUAUCAUGAAGGGAGAAUUGUGAGCAGAAAUCUAAACCUUCAAAGAAAGACAGAUCUUGCCCAGAUAUCUCAGAUAAAACACAACAGUGUGUCCCUAAAAAUUAAUAAAAAACAAAACAGAAAUAUUGAGAGGUAUGUCAUACAGUACAGAGCUUUAGGUGAUGGAAUGAACAACACCACAUGGAAACAGAUCAUUUUUGAUUCCAAAUCUGUUAAAGAAACCUGUGUAAUAUCAGAUCUAAAGUCAGGCAAACAGUAUCAGCUGAGGUAUUCAGUUAUUGAGCAGGACUGUAUGAGCAACUUUAGCAGAAUUAUUAACAUUAAGACCGCAUUUUCACCAAUAAAUGGACAACCCUUUGUGAAUAAGUUGAACAGGGACACUCUCAGACUUGCCUGGUUGAAGGCUGAAACUGGAGAAGAUUGUCCAGUGCUGCGGUAUAUGGUUGAAUAUAAAGAAGCAGGACUGGAGGGCUGGUCAUCAGUACAAACACAAGGACCUGAGUGUGAAUGCACUUUAACUCUACCUCACAACACCUGCUAUAGAGUCAGGGUCUCUGCUGUCUAUGGAGGAGACACCAGUAAACCCAGUGAGGAGACACCAGUACCAGUGGAUGUCUGGAGCAUAAACCUCUCAGAGAGAAAGAGCUCCAUCCUCCUAGAAGUGCUGAAACUCCAAACAGAGAAGAAACCAGUAGAGCUGAUAGACUGGACAGAUGAAGAGAGUGAAGUGAAGGGAUUCCUCCAGUGUCUGCCCUACAUCUCUGAAUUAAGAUUUGCUGUACCACACAACAAAACAGCUGGAUCAUGGGACAAAAGAAAGAGAUUUUUCAUACUGGAUUUGUGUCUGCAAGCUGCUCUCAAUCAGAAAGAGACAAUAGAAGAAAAUGUGAAGAAACUGCUAUCAUCUGUGGAUUAUGAGAAAUGUGAUUUCCUGCUGGAUCUGUGUUCACAUGUGAAGGACUAUGAGACUCAAACAGCAGUAUUGUUGUACACAGAUGAAGAGAGUGAAGUGAAGGGAUUCCUGCAGUGUCUGCCCUACAUCUCACAGCUGAGAUUUGCUGUACCACACAAUAAAACAGCUGGAUCAUGGGACAAAAGAAAGAGAUUUUUCAUACUGGAUUUGUGUCUGCAAGCUGCGCUCCAUCAGAAAGAGACAAUAGAAGAAACUGUGAAGAAACUGCUGUCAUCUGUGGACUAUAAGAAAUGUGAUUUUCUGCUGGAUCUGUACUCACACAUGAAGGACUAUGAGACUCAAACAGGCAGGAGUGUCCUUCCAGCAUUACAGCCAAUUUAUCAGUCAGCUCCUGCAGUCUGGAUCAUAAAGCUCUCAGAGAGAAAGAGCUCCAUCCUCCUAGAAGUGCUGAAACUCCAAACAGAGAAGAAACCAGUAGAGCUGAUAGACUGGACAGAUGAAGAGAGUGAAGUGAAGGGAUUCCUCCAGUGUCUGCCCUACAUCUCACAGCUGAGAUUUCAUUCAAUUGUUGGCAAUGAGAAGAACAUGUCUGUCAAAUUUCUGGUGAAUCUGAUUGUUUCAGCAUCAGAGUUUAAAACCACUGGAGAAAAUUACACUGAACUGUUCACAUCUGUGUGCAGCUACACAUCUUUCCCCUUCAGUGAAAACUAUACUAACCGUCACGCUGCUCAGUGUGAUUUCCUGCUGGAUCUGUGUUCACAUGUGAAGAAUUAUGAGACUCAAACAGACAGGAGUGUCCUUCCAGCAUUACAGCCAAUUUAUCAGUCAGCUCCUGCAGUCUGGAGAAUAAAGCUCUCAGAGAGAAAGAGCUCCAUCCUCCUAGAAGUGCUGAAACUCCAAACAGAGAAGAAACCAGUAGAGCUGAGAGACUGCACAGAUGAAGAGAGUGAAGUGAAGGGAUUCCUGCAGUGUCUGCCCUACAUCUCACAGCUGAGAUUUUAUCCCUAUGAGAAGAAAAGGUCUUUCCAGUUUCUGCUGAAUCUGAUUAUUUCAGCAUCAGAGUUUCAUAAAACGACUGGUGAAAAUUACACAGAACUAUUAACAUCUGUGUGCAGCUACACAUUUUUCCCUUUUAAUGAGGAUUAUUUAGAUGAUUUUGAAUCACAGAUUGAUCAGUGUGAUUUUCUGCUGGAUCUGUGUUCACAUGUGAAGGACUAUGAGACUCAAACAGGCAGGAGUGUCCUUCCAGCAUUACAGCCAAUUUAUCAGUCAGCUCCUGCAGUCUGGAGAAUAAACCUCUCAGAGAGAAAGAGCUCCAUCCUCCUAGAAGUGCUGAAACUCCAAACAGAGAAGAAACCAGUAGAGCUGAGAGACUGGACAGAUGAAGAGAGUGAAGUGAAGGGAUUCCUGCAGUGUCUGCCCUACAUCUCACAGCUUAGGAUUUCUGAGUGGUUCAUCUCAUCACUAUGUAAAGUGUUUGGGCCCAGAGUGAAGGCAGAUCAGGUGGCUCCUCUGCUCAAGGCUUUGGACUUCACCGUCACUCUGAGUGAAAAAUUACCCAGCAGCACCUGCAGAUCUGUGGGAGAGUUCAGGGCCUCAAAAAACUCAAAGCAAAAUCCCUUUCAUUUCCUGAGCAUCUUGACUCUCCCGAGUCUGUUGUCUGUCCAGUGA